GAAGCAGCUCCAGGGUGACAGACACCCACCCCGCAGUAGCCCUUCCACCUACGCCUUUCCGCAUGUAAAUGUUUCCAUAAACUGCAUGCAUCCCCUCUCUCUCUCUCUUCAUUCUCUUCAGACUCAUAUCAAAUCAAAUCCCUUCCUCUCCCCCUCUCUCUUCCUCACUCUCCCACCCAUACAUACACAGAUACGGAAAAAAAUACAUACAUACAUACCUAAAAUCCCAAAUCCCAUCAACAUUGCCCAAAUCCCAUUUCAGCUUUUUGCUUUCUUCCUCAAUUUCUUCACUCAAAAACAGAUUGAAAAUUAAAUACCCAUUUAAAUCUCCACCCAAACCCCUAUAAAACCCCACUACAAAAUCCCGAACCCCUCCAAACCCUCUCUCUCUCGCUCUCUCUCUCUCUCUCUCGUGCGUUUUCUUGAAAAUGGAGAGAAGAAACCCUUCAUCACUCUCUAAUCAAAACUCAUCGUCGGAAAACUACUACCCAACUGACCGAAACACCCCUCCUGCCCUUGAUCAAACCCUAGAACCCUCUUUCUCUCGCCUCACCCUCUCCUCCUCCACGCCGCCGUUUCACCCCGAAGAUCUUGAUUACCUGAUCGGCGCCGAGGGUUACUCGACUCAGGGGCUUAGGGUUCAGAGUGCGGUGGACGGUCAGAUGGGUUUUGGGUUUGGUGGGUCCGGCUGGAAUCCGACGGUGGGGCCCCAGAUGGGUCCGUAUCCGACGGCUGAGAGCCAGCCGUGGCAGAUAUCCAAGGGGGUUAACGUUAGUUCUCCGUUUGGGUUUAACCAAGGGCUUGGAUUGGUGGGUGAGGGUGGCUCUGGGUCCCACGCAAGCAGGGCCUACUCUCACAGUUUCUUUGACCCAGCCCUUUUCCAGUGCCCUACUGAUCAUAAUCUUGGUGGGUCUUUCUUGCAACCCAAGAAACAAUUGGGAAACCAAAUCCCAAUUCUGCCCUUUUCUAACAAAAGCAAUUUUCUUGAUAAUUUUGUGCCUAUGAACUCAUAUAAUAAUCUGGGUACUAGAAGUUUGAAUCAAUUUCCACAGUUCUUGAACGGUUAUUCGCUGAAGGAUUUGCGUGGUCGGAUUGUUAGCUUGGCGAAAGACCAAUACGGGAGUAGGUUGUUGCAAACAGAGUUUGAGGACCCUGGAGAGGACGAAAUUGAGAUGGUGUUGAUGGAGGUGAUAGACCAUGUGGGUGAGCUGAUGAAGGAUCAGUUUGGGAACUACAUUGUUCAGAAGCUUGUGAAGGUGUGCAAUGAGAGACAGAGGACUCUAAUGGUUUUAGCAUUAACCAAGAUUCAGAAUCAACUCAUUAGUAUAUGUCUCAACCCCCACGGAACUAGAGUUGUGCAGAGAUUGUUGGAGACUAUUGAUAGCCAACGGCAAAUUUCCUUGGUUUUGUCAGCUCUGAGCCCUGGUGCCGUAGUAUUGGCCACUGACCCAAAUGGACAUCAUGUGAUCCAGCAGUGCUUGAUUCAUUUCUCAAAUGAAGAUAAUAAGUAUCUUCUCAAUGGGAUAGCGGAUAACUGCUUGAAAAUCGCAACCAACAAACACGGGUGUUGUGUGCUACAGGCAUGUGUGGACCACUCUCAAGGAGAAUACAGAGAAAGCCUCGUGGCUGAGAUAAUAGCACAUGCUAUUCACCUAGCUGAAGAUCCUUAUGGCAAUUAUGUGGUACAACAUUUACUGGGACUCAAGAUACGAGAAGUCACAGAGAAUCUUGUGAAGCAGUUUGAAGGAAGUUUUGUAUCUCUAUCAUGCAACAAAUACGCUAGUAAUGUGAUGGAGAAAUGUUUGACUGAAGCAGGAGAAGAGGUAUCUUCGCAGAUUCUUUUGGAGUUUCUUAGAAGUCCGGAUGUUUCGAUGCUUCUAAUUGAUCCUUUUGGAAACUUCGUCAUUCAGUCAGCAUUAUCGGUGUCUAAGGGUGUUAUCCGUAGUGCUUUGCUUAACGUAAUCAGGGCUAACGCUGCCAUCUUGCGUACCAAUAUGUAUGGGAGGAAGGUCCUUGACCGGCUUGACAAGAUCAAGUCACAUCAUGCUUAGCCAUUAACAAGCUGGCCAGUCAGUUCUUACAGAAAUUCACUGACACUGGAUGGGUAACUGACAUUAUACGUCUUUGUUCUUGCUUAUCUGUAUUUUCAGAGAUCUCUUAGGUUCGGUAUGUUGUGCUUAUAAAUUUCAUUACCAAUGUGACAUUAUGUAGUGUAUUUGUGGGUAUUCGAACUAGUUUGUACCCUGCGAGCGAGUAGGCAUUAAAAUGAAGGAUUGAAGACGACUGGAAAUGACGGAAUAAUCUGUACUGUAGAAUCAGAGUGCUUCCUGUUGUUCAAUGUUAUACCUUAAAAAGUGUAAGCUUUUUUGUGUUUUUUGUAAGAUUAAGGUUUAUUUGUACUAAGUAAUUGUUUUUUUUUUCUGUGGAACAGACUUUUAGGACCCAUUACCGUUAUUUGUACACAUGGUGGGCUUCUUG